GCUUUUUGGCUGCGGGCGGUUGAAGGAUUCUUUUUUUGUUUUUUUUUAUCGGGGGCUUGGGGUUCUGCGGAUUGAUUAGAUUGAUAGAUUUGCUUUUGGUGUUCCAGGUACAGGACUUAAUCAUGUUGGUGAUUACCAUAUUGCAUUGGCAGUGUGGGUUUUUACACUUGUGGUGGAGAUGGAGAGGAGGGGUCUCUGGUCUGUUGCUUGAUCACUGUUCAUGUGAUCGUCGUAUGACAGUACAAUAUAUAGGACAGGACCAGGUACAUCAGUUACGCCAGAACAUAACUGCAUUAAUGUCGAUCGUAAACAUCCCACACCGCCGCCCCAAACCCCAUCCUCCCUCCCUUCUCAUUCGAAUAAUUAUGAAUACAUUGUACAUGAAAGUAUGCAACAUCGUCGUCACCAGAUACAAGAGAAGCAACGUAGAGAGAUAAAAGAAAGGAACACCACAUGACAAGCCAAGUAGCAUCUUUAGCUUUCCUCCGUCAGUCACCCGACAAUAGU